CAGUAAAAAGUCCCAGAAGUGGGAUGAAAUGAACAUCAUAGCUACAUACCACCCUGCAGGCAAAGAUUAUGGCUUGAUGAAAAUAGAUGAACCAAGUACUCCUUAUCACAGCAUGGUAGGAGAAGAUGAUGAGGAUCCAGUGAGUGAUUCAGAAGCAAAUGAGCCCUUAAAAGCAGACGUGCUGAGUAAAAAACUGGCAGCUGCAGCUGAAGGUAGAGGACCCAAGAUCAUAGCAAGGCAAGAGGAAAGCAGUGAGGAGGAGGAAGAGGAUGAAGAAUUAACACCUGAGGAACGAGAGAAAAAGAAACAGUUUGAAAUGAAGAGAAAAAUGCACUACAAUGAAGGAAGAAACAUCAAACUGGCAAGACAACUCAUUGCAAAAGAAUUACAUGGUGAGGAAGAGGAUGAUGAGGAUGAGGAUGAAGAGAUGUCUGAUGCUGCAGAUGUGGAAACAAUGAGUACAGAAGCUGCUGUACAUGACUGAGAUUUCUUGCCGAUCGAAAUGAAGAUGGCCAGUCCAGUCAGUGAUGCACAUGUUACUCGUGACCAGCUGGAAAGUAGAGCACACAGCAUAGAAGAAAUCUGUCCAGAACUGUAACUGCUUGUCAAAGACACAAAUAUAAACAUCGCUUCAUGUUUUUUGCAAUUAAGGCUCUUAAAUGUUGAGAAGCAUAUCAGUUACAAUGUUGUAUUGCCAAGAAUGUUAAUUUUAGACUUGUCCAUUAGGCAGAAAACACUGUCUGAUUGAUUUAUUCUUGUGCCUAGUAUUUCAUGAAGAAUACUGCUUCAUAAUCUGUUCAACCAGAAUGGCAUUCCCUGUAUGUAUAAUGCUGAUUAUCUUGCGUGAUGUACUGUUACUCUUGCUUUGAAACACUCACUAUCUUUGGGUUUUUCACUAUUUAUUUGAGAGUGUUCUAGAUGUGGUGUCUCUUAUCGAAAGGUUUGGGAUUCAGGAGCCAAACGGUACAGCAUAAUAUCAGAUUGACAUGUGAGCUAUUUAUCAGAUGUGUUAAGCAAUUUAAAAAGGGAUUAUUUAAGUCCUACAACCUUUUUGUAAAGUGUUGACCUGUUAAUCUAGAUUUCAGUAUGUUACUACCUGCACUUUCCCAGUCUGUAGAACAAGAGCUGUGUUAUUUCUUAAGAGCGGUGUUUGGGAUCGGUUGUUAGUUUCUGACUAAAGCAGUACUAACAUCUGGUGGAGGGAAUGUUUUGACACUGGAAAUGGCUGAUUUGAUCUUUGCAUUUCACUGUCAUUAUCUCUUCCGUCGGGACUGGCUGUUUUGUGGAGCUCUCUUUGGCUUAUUGUGACAACAUGGAAGUUUCCUCCUGCUUUUCUCUUAAAACCACAUCCACUGUCACUCUUCUGGCUCAUUUCAGACGUUUGGUUCUUUCCAGUUGCAUGAACAGUGCUUGUGCUACUAGCACCUGAAGAAAAACACCCAGCCACAAGGAAAUCCACAUCAGGACUGUGAAGAUGUGCUGAGCUUAGGCUCUGGCUGUUCUUUAUUAAAGAUAACUGCUGUUGAUCUACUCAUUUGGGGUUGGCAACCCCCAUACUGAAAACCACUGGUCUAUAUCUUCCUAUGUCCAUUGCAACUUAGAGCAACUGCUUUUAUAAAUGAAGGCUUUUUGGAAGACUAGAAGGGAAACUGCCUAAUUCAAAUACUUUGUUUACAGUGUGGUUAUAUAGCCCCCAUAAAGAGGGAUUCUGCACCUCCAAAUUGCUGUAAGCAACUUCCCACUGGGUGAAAUUUGACUGGUGAAUGUUCCGGUAUUCAGAGUAGUUCCUGGGGUUUAUUACACAAACAAAGUAAUACACUUAAGCUUUAGCUUGGUUAUGGAAUACAGUGUAUAUCUUAAUUUUGAUCUGAAUUUGAUAUGUUGCAAAAAUCCAUAUAAUUAUAUGGAUCUAUUUUAAAAUGUCUUUUUCUCCACUGUAUAUGUGAAGUUUGAAUAAAGGAAUGAAAGUUAUUUUACAGUUAUAUGCAUUCUCAGGUGUGAGCUUUCCUGAAGUCCCAGAGAGAUUGAGAGUGAAUAAGGUGAUAGGAUGCUGUCCUUUGGAAGAUUUAUACAGGAAUAAUUCAUUAGAAUGGAUGCAUUGCCAAAGAUACCUGUGAGUUGUGCUAACUGGGUGUUGUAGUGUGCCUUUCCCAACUAUCUCUUCUCUUUAGUAGGUAACAGGGUAGUUAGUCAGCUGUGGGUUAUUUAAUCUUCUAAGGUCCUGAAUCAGGAUUAAUAGCAUCUUUUCACAAGAAAGACUUGAACUCUUGAUUCAGGCCAGCGUGGUGAUGGUAAUUUUUCAAGAUGGAUAAUGCUGUUUCUUCUUGCAUCAAACACAGUCACCUCUAUAGAAAAAACAGGGGUUAAGAGCAAGCAUUUAGAUACUUCUGACUCCUCAAGUAAUUUACUUGAGCUUUAAAUUUGGCUCGCAAGAAUAGGAUUUCAAAACUCUUGAGUUUGCUCCCUUUCCAUGGCAGUUUGCAGUGUUCAGAGUGUUGUCUGCACUGAGCUGUGUUUCAGACCCCGAGCCAGGCACUGAGGUCCUGCUCGGCAAAGUCACGUCGCUUUCAGAGGGGUGUGGGUGGGUCGGGGGGUGACCAAUGUGUGUGGGCAACACAGAUCUGUUCUGCGAGGCUGUACAACACGUUACCUGUACUUGGUGAUAAGUACACGUGGGUACCUUGUACCUGCAGUUAAGGUAAAAUCCAGCAGCACCAGCUCUUAUCCAAGCUAAUGUCCUGUCCUCCUUACCCACUCCCGCCUUCUGUGUCCAAGACCAUUUUGGUGCUCAGUGGGGCUUCUCUGUACCCUACAAGGUCUAGAAAGCAUUUUGUUUAACAAACAAACUCUGUUAAUUUCCAAUAAAGACCCUUCCUGUAAUGGCUUCCAAAGUCCCGAAUGAAAUGUAGCUUUGAGGGAGGUACAGUACAUAAAUGCAUGAAGAUGGUUUUAAAUUAACCUCAGAAUGUAUAGUAGGCCUUUCAUCAGUCAGAUGAUUUUGAGCUCAGUGAUUUCCCUUUUUCCAUGCCACCAAACCCCUAAGUUCUAGUUUGAUGCCAUUUUGAAACUUGUUUUAGUUUGGGGUUUUUUAAAGGCUUUGUUCUCUUCAUUCUCCUCGGUGCUGGCGAAAAUUCUGUUCUGCUGUUUCAUCUUCCUCACCAGGAGUGCAAACCUGAUGUCCCUGACACUGCUUUUAACUGAAAGGCGGGUUUACUUGGUUUUCUCCAGGCUUACACCUUCAUGCAUUUUAAAAGCUAAACCAGGCAAGUAGUUACAGAUGCUCUAUAUAGCUUUUUUUCCAAAGGGAUGUCUGAUUUCCCUCUACUUGGGAAAUACCAGUUAUAGUUCCCUGCUGAAGGGACAAGAGAAGAAAUGCCUUUUCUCUUUUUACAUUGAUGGGGAUUUAGCUUGCAUGCACAUCUUAAUCUUUAGGUGCGUAUGGUAAAGGCUCAUUUGUACAGUACAGAGUGGUACAAAGAGGAAACAAAAGAUAUACAGCCCUUACUAAUGUGGACAGUGAGCUCCACAGCAUCAUAAUUGUGAAGUUUCUUGCACAGGUUUGAGUCCUCAAGCUGCAUCUUGUUUAGAGAGAGCAUUUUCAAUAUGCUUCCAAUAGGAAGAUAACUUGCAAAUAAGAGCCUUAACUCUGUCUAUAAACGUUUUUUUUUUCUGUUCUUAAAGUUUCUUUCACACCAAGUUGUACACAGUUCGUGGAAACUGCAAAUAUUUUUUCCACUCUCUCAUGUUAAAGCUGUAGAUCUUACCAGAACUCUUUGUUUCUGUAAUAUGCUUUUUUUGUGGUGUUAAUUAUGAUGCCACCUCGCAAAUGUAAUUAUUCUAUUGGAAACCAGUGUUAAGUGUCACAACGUAAAUAAAACCAUUGUUUUCAUUACUGCCUUAUGGCACUAAUACUAA